UCACUUUAGUUGUUUUGCUUCAAAUCAAGCAACCCAUUUCAUUGGUUCUUUUGAAGAAUAUGGCUCGAUUGCUAUUUAUUUUAUGGCUCUUGAGAGUAUACGUUCUAUGGGUGUUGUGCGUUGAAGCUGAUGGAACAAAGACUGCACCAGUGAAGAACAGAGAUCCCAGCAUUCAUACGACUGAUCUCCUGCUUCUUAAUAUUACCAGACAUUUUCAACAUUGUUUACCAUCAGACUCAAUCUGCGUGCUAAAGUGUUCAGCAUCCAGAGUUCAAGAAGCAAAUCUAACCUGGUUUAGAGAAAAGCAAGUAUGCUCCCAAGUCAGGGUUUUUCAUUUUAACCACGACCCCUCUCUACGCCUGUAUGUGAAAUAUCAGGACAAAAGCAACUACAGCUGUGUGCUGAACAAUCAGACCAGCAACAAGACUUUGUAUGCUAACAUCCCUCAACUUUGUGAGCCAUGCCCAGACAUAACACAGACAGCGCUGACAGUGAAGGAGGGAGAUUCUGUCACUCUACACACUAAUUUAAAAGACAUACAAAAGGAUAUUUUAAUUCGAUGGUUUUUUGGACCUAAUAAGAUUCUCAUUGUGGAAAUAAGUAAUAAUGAUAUCCACAUGUGUGUUGAUGAGAGAUUCAGAGGCAGACUCUUGGUCGACAGUCAAACUGGAGAUCUCACCAUCAGAAACACCAGCAAAACAGACUCUGGAAUCUUUCAACUACAGAUCAACCAUGAAUUUCACAACUGUUGGAGUUUCAAUGUUACUGUCAUUGAUCAUCUGCCCACUCCUCAAAUUUCCAAUCAAUCCAAUCACUGUCCAUCAUCAGACUCAGAAUGUGGGGUGGAGUGUUCAGUGGAGAAUGUGAAAUCUAAGGCGACUCUGUCCUGGUACAAAGGAAACAGUUCAUUGUCCAACAUCACCGUACCUGAUUUCAACUAUUUAUGUCUGAAGCUGGAUUAUAAGGACAACGGCAACUACAGCUGUGUGAUCUCCAAUUCACUCAUCAAUGAGACUAAGUAUCUCAUAAUUAGUGAAGUUUGUUCAGGUAUGCCAUCAUUUGACUUGAUUUGAUCUCUCAGGAUGUCUUUUUAUAUAA